AUGAAGUCCGUGUUUGUUACAGUCGGGACCACCAGCUUUGACGAACUCAUUGCGUGUAUCUCGGCCCCGGACAGUCUUCAAAUUAUCAAGAGCCUUGGUUACAACCGCCUUGUCCUCCAGAUCGGGAAAGGUGCCGUGGUACCUGAACCGUUCCGUACUGAAUCCUUUACUCUGGAUGUCUACAGAUACAAGGAUUCGUUAGAAGAAGACCUUCAGAACGCGGACCUGGUUAUUAGCCACGCAGGUGCGGGAAGCUGUUUGGAGACUCUAGAAAAAGGCAAGCCACUUGUUGUCGUUAUAAAUGAAAAAUUGAUGAACAAUCAUCAGCUGGAAUUGGCAAAGCAGCUACACAAAGAGGGGCAUCUCUUCUACAGUACCUGCAGACUGCUAAGUUGCCCUGGUGGCAAACCCUUUGCUUCUACUGCUCCUGAGACCUGCCAAGAUGCUGCGAUGCUGCCUCCAACUGCCUUAUGAUGCCUAGACUUCAAGCUGCUUUCUGGAUACCUGCAUAAGCAAGCCCUAGUCACUACUACUCAUCCUACUUGUUCUCUGCUUUUACCCUCUUGCACUUCUUUUGAUCCUUUCUCUCCCUCCUUCUGCACAAUGCAAAAAGGAUGGCGAAAGUACUGUGGGCAGAAGUCUCUGAAUGAGGCAUCAAUGGAUGAAUAUUUAAGCAGUUUAGGACUAUUUCGGAAGCUGACUGCCAAGGAUGCCUCUUGCCUCUUUCGGGCUAUUUCGGAGCAGCUGUUUUGCAGCCAAGUCCAUCAUUUGGAAAUAAGGAAGGCUUGUGUCUCAUAUAUGCGGGAAAACCAAAAAACUUUUGAGUCUUAUGUGGAGGGAUCUUAUGAGAAAUACCUGGAACGGUUGGGAGAUCCCAAGGAAAGUGCUGGCCAGCUGGAAAUAAGAGCUCUUUCUCUAAUUUAUAAUCGGGAUUUCAUUCUUUAUCGCUUUCCCGGAAAGCCUCCAAUUUCUAUCACAAAUAAUGGCUAUGAAGAUAAGAUUCAACUCUGCUAUUCAAGCAAUGGUCAUUAUGAUUCUGUGUACUCAAAACAAUUUCAGUCAAGUGCAGCUGUUUGUCAGGCUAUAGUGUAUGAAAUGCUCUAUAAAGAUGUGUUUGUUGUGGAUGAAGAAGAGUUGAAAACUGCUAUUGAAUUGUUUCGAAGUGGAUCCAAGAAGCACAGAAAUAAUGCACUGACUGGAAGUGAGGAUGCGGAUACCCAUGUUGACUAUAAGAGUUCACCUCAGGAUAGGGCUGAAGAGGAGGGUGCCUGCUGCAAUGCUGAAAACACACCAGAGGGCUACACUCAAGGAACAGAAGAAGCAAAGUCUACAGAAAAUCCAUCAAAGAUGCUCUUCCCAUAUAAGGUGCUCAAAUCCCUGGACCCAGAAAUCUAUCGUAAUGUAGAAUUUGAUGUUUGGUUGGACAGCAGAAAAGAACUUCAAAAAUCUGAUUACAUGGAAUAUGCUGGAAGACAGUACUAUUUGGGAGACAAGUGUCAGGUUCGCUUGGAAUCUGGUGGAAGAUAUUACAAUGCUCACAUUCAGGAAGUUGGAAAUGAGAAUAAUUCAUUAACAGUUUUCAUUGAAGAAUUGGCAGAAAAGCAUGUUGUUCCACUGGCUAACUUAAAACCAGUUACUCAAGUGACACCUGUUCCAGCCUGGAAUGUCAUGCCCAGUCGGAAAGGAAGAAACUACCCCAAAAUGCCUGGGGGCUAUGUCCCAGAAAUAGGUAUGUCAGAGAUGGACAUGAAGCAACGAAAGAAGAUUUUCAAGAAAGUUAGAGGCAAAGACGUUUAUAUGAAUAUGGCUUAUAGCAAGGGCGACCCUCUCCUCCCACCCAGGAUGCAGCACAAUAUGCAUUUUGGGCAUGACUCUUCGGUACACUACCCACAAACAGCUGACAAUUUUAUGUCUAAUGAACAUUUUCAUCAUCAACACUCAUCUCAGAGACAAGGUCGAGGAUAUGGGAUGCCCAGGGAUUCAUCUCGCUUUAUAAAUAGGCACAACAUGAUGGGCCCUAAAGUUGGUUUCUACCCUGGCCCAGGUAAAAGGUGCUGCCAGAACUAUGAUAACUUCUCUUAUAGAUCUCGUUCAUUUAGACGAAGCCAUCGCCAGAUGCAUAAUAUGAAUAAGGAAUGCCAGUAUGGCUUUGCCCCAGAGACUGGACAAAUGCCCAGGGGCUUGGAAGAAACCGUUACUUUCUAUGCUGUUGAGGAAGGAGAUGAGACUGCUUAUCCAACUUUAUCGAAUCAUGGUAGCCCUUCUGCAAUGAUCCCAGCUGCUUCAGGAUACUGUAUGUCAAGGCGGGGACAUAGCUCAGACAAACAGAUGUUGAAUUCAGAGGAGGGUGAUGGCCUGAGUGACAAUGGGGGAUACCAUGAAGACUAUAUUUAUCCUUCAGAGCCAGACUAUGAAACAGCAGGUGUUUAUAGCACAACUGAAUCUACAGCAAACUUGUCUCUUCAGGACAGAAGACCAUGUUCCGUGUCUCCUCAAGACACUGUUACCUCAUACAACUACCCUCAAAAGGUGAUGGUAAAUUCUGCAGCAGUUGUAGCUUCCUGUGCCAAUAAUGUUCCAGCUCCAGUCUUAUCUAACUGUGCAACAGCUAAUCAAGCUAGUAGUACCACUUCCGUUUCUUCACAGAAUGCUACACAGCCUCUCUUUGUUUCUCCACCUACACACAGCAGGCCAGAUACAAAAGUUUUGCAGUACUAUUUCAAUCUGGGAUUGCAGUGCUAUCAUCACAACUACUGGCACUCCAUGGUCUAUGUGCCACAGAUGCAGCAGCAACUCCAUGUAGAGAAUUACCCAGUCUUUGCUGAGGCACCUCCUCUGGUAGAUCAAACCAUUCCUCAGUUUUACAGCGAGGCGGGACGAGCAGAUGGCACACAGGCAGAAGCAUCAGCAAAUGGUACUUUUUCUAAUGCUGACCCUGCAGCUGUCCCUCAUGGAGCAGUAUAUUAUCCAGUAAUGUCAGAUCCCUAUGGGCAACCACCUUUGCCGGGUUUUGAUUCCUGCCUGCCUUUUGUGCCAGAUUAUUCCUAUGUUGCCCCCUGGCAUCCAGUUGGUUCACCAUAUGGUGGUUCUCAAAUUCAUGGUGCUAUGAAUCCUGGACCAGUUGGUUACAUUGCUUCACCUCCUCCAACUUCUCAUUACGUACCUCACAAUAUGUAAGAGUCCGCAGUAUGAAGUAUUCUUGCACUGCCAUUUUUCUGGCUGUUUUGUUUCUUUUAAGUGUUUUAUGUUAGUGCUUAGAUGAUUUAUAUAUUUAGAUUGAUUCUUGUUGUAUUUGCCUUAAAGGUUAUUUUGUCUUUUGACUUAAGUUAGUAUUUUAAAAUAAAGAAAUAGUACUUUUCAUUACGAUAAGCAAAUUGAGAUGAAUGUACAACUCCACACUGAACAUUGUAUUCACCUGUUUAUCUGUCAGACA